UGUUACCCUUAGCAACACAACAAUCAUGGCGUUUUGAAAUUUUCGUUAGUGUCCUAUGAAUACAAAUAGGAUGUAGUUUAAAUAUCCACCGCUGUUGCUCGUCCUUUCACUGUUUUAUGUCCUUAUACCGAAGCCUCAGACUGAAUUAUUAACCGCGUGUGGUGAGACAUCACAAACUUUGCUUUCUCUCAGACAGUUUACGUUUCUUAAAACAAACUGGUCUAUUAAGUAAAAUGAAUCGGGAUACUAUUGAUUUACUUGAAAGUGUGAAAGCUGCUAAAGCUGAAAUAGAAAGAAUAGAAAAAGAAAAUGUUAAUAUCAACCAGUUUUUUCCAUCGAUACCUCACAACUUUGAAAAAUAUUCAACUGGAGAAACAAGUUAUUGGCCUGAUCUGAUGAGCUCAGUGUCCUGUGCCAAAUCCAAGAAAGGAAAACGUUCUGCAAAAACAUUCAGCUGUGACAUGAAUUUGUCUAAAAAUGCAAAUGCUUUAUUAAUGGAUGCAACAUCUCCAGAUGAAGAAGAAGAAAAUGAAGAUGAGAAUACAGAAGAACAAAAAGCAGAAGAGAUAUCAGAAGAGCAGUCGUUAAAUGGCUCUGCACUACAGAUGGAAUCUGAAGUUAAAGAGGAGGAAUCUGAAGAUCCUCCUGUGCUCACUUCUCUAAAACAAAAUUUUGAUGAGUGUGGCUCAUUUGUAGAGGCAGAAAAUAUGGAUGAAGAUUCAAGAAGGAAUUGUCUGAUUCACUGUGAAAGUGUAUUUGACUCUUUAGUAUGGGUCAGCAAGACAUGUAUGGCCGGUCCUUUUUACCUGCAGAGAAAAAGCAUGAUUGAAUCAAGUAUUGCCAAAGACAUAAUAUCAGCUAAGAUUAAGAAGUCAGAAAAGAACUACUGUGAGAGUUUGAAAUUAUUUAACAAAGCAGUUCUGAUGGACUUCAAUAACCCUUUCUACCUAGCUGACCGGGCAGAAGUCUAUAUCAUUCUUGGAGAUAUUCAGGCUGCUAUACAAAAUUACAGCCGAGCUGUAUUCCUCUACAAAGGCUCACCAGUCUUUAGAUCUCGUUUAGCCAAACUUUACUGCCUUCAGGGACAAGUCUUUCUUGACUUCAGAAUGUAUCAGCAAGCUUAUAAAAUUUUUCUCAAAGCUUCCGAGUGGGAUCCUGAACAGUUAAUAUACAAAGCUAAAAGUUUUAGCUGUCUGGUGAAGAUGAAUUGCGAAGCUGAAGCUUGGGCAACUCUUAACUCAUUGAUAUACGAGUACCCUGACAACUUAGACCUCAUUGUGAUGAAGGCUCGUCUUAGGCAACUCUCUGGAGAGUAUUCUUUGGCAUUCUAUGACUUGAAAAACAUUGCUGAAUACGAAGACGGUGCUAAUGCUCGUGCAAUGCUAGAAGCAAUCAGAAACAAGGCAGAGGAAUAUUGGCAAGUGGCCAUCAAGCUGAACAUGCGACAAGAUUUCUAUCCAGCCAUCAAAAAAAUUCAUUUGGCCAUUAAAUUAUGGCCAGCCCAGGCCAAAUUCUAUUUUCUCAGAGGUAUCCUGUACCGUCACAUCAAUGAGUUCACUUUAUCCAUCGAUGACCUGAUUGAGGCCCUUCAGAAGAGCACCCCUGAAGAGAAGGAGACAUAUGCUUCUGAUGCUGAGAAACAGCUUUUGCUGACCUUCAAUGAUUUCUCAGUAGAAUGUUUCACCAAUGGAUAUUUUGAUGAUGCCAUCAAGCUGCUCAACAAGGCCAUCUCUGUGGAGAAGAUGCAGAAAGGGCUCUACCUGAACAGGGCUGAAUGUUUUUUCCAGAAGGGAGAUUACAAUUUUGCUCUGCAGGACUAUGAACAAGCCUUGGAGUUAGAUCCCUUGGACAGGAAACAUUUUCCUAGGAUUUCUGAACUCUGUUACUUGUUAGCACUACAGUACUACACUGACCGAAACUUUGAGGAAUCUGUAGUGAAAUUGGACAAGGCUAUAAGUUACUCACCAAUCACUGGCCAAUUAUAUAUCUUGAGAGCCAAGUGUAAACGCAUGUUACAGGACUUGAGUGGUGCCAGACACGACAUCUUACUCGGUUUCCACUUGAUGCCAACCAGCAAAGAUAUCCUACCGGCAUUUGGAUACCUCUUUCCAUCCAUUCCAACAAGAAAUAUAUUGACCAGUCCACUAGCAGCACAAACCAGAGUUAUAGCAGAAGAGUUGCUCUCUGAUCCACUUCACCAAAGUAUAGAAAGAAUUUUCAGUUUCAAUGCAGGUGAGAGUAAUGUACUAACAUCCCUGAUUAGUGACCCAUUAACUGUGAUGGGUAAUCAACCACCAAUAUUCCUCCAGCCAAAUUUCUGUUCUACUCCUGAUUUACUUCAAGAAAAGAAAAGGAUCAAUACAAAAGUCAGGGAAGUUCAUUCAAAUAAAGAUCCCCUGCAAACGUCUGAACAUAAAUUAACAUCAUCAUCAAAUACUUCAAUCUGGAAAACAGCAUUUUCCAAAUUUGCAGCAGAAUCAAAGACAAAGUUACUCAAAAUUCCUUCGGCAGUGGAUAGCACAAUGGAGACAGCAACAGAAAUGGAAGAAGAAUCUUAAAUUUUGGUUGUGGGAAAAUUAAAGUGUCAACUACAGGGAAGUAUGGAGUAUGUACAUAUGUGUGCGGCACAUACGCACGCAUGCACACACACACACCACACACACACACACAGGUAUGUGUCUUCU